AUGUCGUCUUCACCACCCUCGCAUUCGCCAAGCUCCAGUAGCAGCAAUGCACCAUUGCCAGGCCUCAAAGAACAAUGGUCUCAGCUCAAUGAAUUACUUCCGCCAUCUUCUGAUGACAACCAGAUCGUCUCAACAUCAUCACCUCUUCUUCUCGAAGUCUCUGCAAUGUUGCAUGAUCGACUCAGCCAUUUCGAACGUAACAAAUGGCCUCUGGAUCGCAUCUACGAGUUUCUCGAUUCUUUUUUCAAAUCCCACCCUAAUUUGCAUCAUCGCAGCCCCCAGUCAAAGCAGGUUGCCGAUCCUACCACACCUGUCAAGCCCACUUCAGCGCUACCCCAACAAGCUCUCGAGAAUACCCCUCGCACCUCCAAGGCAACAAGUCUUCUAGCUCAGCUCAGACGCAUUGAAGAUUGGGAUUUUCUCAUCGGCAUACACAAAAUGGCUUGCGAUCUGUAUAAGCUCAAAAACGUAUUCAACGAUGUUACCACCCCCAUCGUUGACCAGCUUGCCACUGCCCUUGCCGUGGUCAUCGUUCACCUCGCACAAUCGCAUGUCAAGCGCUCCCGAGAUCCAGAGGUGAUCGGUACCAGCAUUCAUCUUGAAAACGGGUUUUAUCGACCCUACUGUGGUGAUGCACCCAAUUGCUUCCUCACCUUUGUCUCUCACCUCAAUGCUGUCUAUGCCAAACUCGAUCCAAAUGAACCCAAGCCUUACUUUCGCGGCACCCCCAUUGUUCAGUCGAGUGGUACAGGCAAGACACGCAUGGUGUACAAAUGUCAGCAACGAACCCCCCUCCUCUACGUCUGCUUUCGCAACAGAAGCGCCGAGAGCAACACCAAGGCUGGCUAUCCACUCCCAGACCAAGGCGUCCGAACCUACUUUGCCAAUGCACAGAGCAAAUAUUCCAGCAGGUGCGACCUUCAAGUGGCCUGCUUCCUUCGUGCCUGGUUCACCACGCUUGCCCAAGCAUUGAGACCUUGGAAGACCGAUGCCGAAAAGUAUCAACAUCUUUGCAAUCUCAAUCGAUUCGAACCAGUCACCCGUGACGAUGGUCUGCCCAAGCCUCUUGACCGCUAUCCCCGCAACAACCACUUCAAGGCCAUAUCCGAGCUCGCAGAGAGCAAUCUCCCAAUUGUACUCAAGCUCGUAGAGGGGAAAGCUUCCAAAUCCUUCCUAACACCCAGUUACGAAACGAUCUUUGACAUGGCUCUCCGGCAGCCUCUUAUCGAUCUCAACGAGCAGCUAAUUGCCGUGUCGUGUCAUCUGCACUCGGGUCAAGCCGAAGUGCCAGUGCCUCCAGUGCUGGUAGCCUUUGAUGAAUGCAUUGAAAUGAUUAUCACCGAGCCCAACGCGCCCAACAAUCAGCUCAACAGCCUCCACCGUGCUUGGAACUACAUUGGCAUGCUCCAGGAUGAAUACAAGACUUUGUGUUUCUGGUUGGUACUCAUGAGCACCAGCAGCAGUGCCGCUUAUCUCGUCGAACACGUUGACGAUCAGGCCUCGCUCCGUCAAAGGAACUUGGCGCCUUUGCAUACGUUUGUCGGUGUCGAUGUGCUCGCCGAGGAGCAACGUGCCCUCUCCUGUGCCUCGCAGGCGUCCUCGCAUGACCACCUCAUCCGAUACGGACAGCCACUCUGGCCCGCACUCGAGAGCGGCAACUUCUGGGACAACAUCCUUUUCAAGCUUCAAGGCAAAGAGGAUUUCUCCGCAGACAACACGGCGCAGUGCUUCAGUGUCAUGGCCUCGCGGCUUGCCCUGGGCCUUGUCCCAGUGCAUGAAGGUGGUGGCGCCCUCUUUGGCGAGCAAAAGCUCUUCAUGGACAAGACCGUGGACCGGCACAUGCGUAUGGUGAGCCACAUAUCUAACGAUGCCACCAUGUAUGUCAAUUCUCCGUCGGAACCUGUGCUGGCAAUCGCUGCCUCGCUCAUCAUGUUGUGCACUGGCGCAAAAAAUGUUGGGUCGAAGCCAGUCGACAUGUAUGGCUCCAUCAUGGGAAACUUCCAAGGCCGAUGCCUUGUGGACUCGGCAAUCGCCGGAUUCAAGGGGAUGUAUGGAGAGCUAGCCUCGCGCAUGGCCUUGGUUGUCGCCUGGGACGCAGCAAAGCGCAAAGAGCUGGACGCGCUCAAGCAACAGAAAACAUCGGAGCAUGUCAAGGUGCUGACCCACGCAGUGCCUCUCGAAACCAUCCUUUCAGAGCUUGCUAACCUCGACAAGACCAACGCUAACCAAUUGCGCCAACGCGUUGAAAGAGUGCAGCAGGACGGCUCGUCCACCCAUCCGGCACUGCAACGACCACCGGCUGGAACAUCGGCAGCAGCAGCAUCAACAGUGGCGUGGACCAACUUUACGCAUUUUGAUGUGCUGCCCGAACAUAUCACCGAGAUCUCUCCCGAAUACCUGUGGUACUGUUGGAAGCGUGGAGUUGGACUGCAAAUGGCACACUCGCAGCAUGGCAUCGAUGGCAUCCUCCCCGUCUUUAUGGGCAACCUCGAUCGGCCCUUUGUUACUCCCACUGGCAUGCAGGAUGAUGCUGCCACCAGCAUCGAGAUGCACGCCGCAUGCUACAUGACCUACGUUGCAUGGGAAGCCAAGAAUCGCGACGAACCGCAGCCAGGAGCCGGAUCAGGUAAGCCGGAUGUAAUGCUCAAGCUCGCUGGACCAUCGAUCAUGCGUGCCUCGCAUGCACCGCCGGGUGAAAAGCCACUCACCGAAAGGGCUCUGCUCUGCGUUCUGCUUGACCUGGGCACCUCAACACCAUUUGCCAGCAAACCUAAAGGAUUCCGCCCACGUGUGCAGACGAUCAAUGGCACUGAAUGCCCUCGACUCUGCAUCCGAGGUGUGACCAACAAGCACGCCUAUCCUUGCCUCGACGUUUUGAAGAUCCGAGCCAUCUUUGAGCAAAUCUUGACCACUCUUGCCAUGAUACCCACCUUCGAGAAGUUCAAUGGGGUGUCCAAUCCGAUUUGGAACGAUCGCGUCCAGCCUGCGCUGCCCUUGAUCUCGGCGACUGGAGCGUCCAAUCCACCACCAUCAGCAGCAACAGAUGAUGAUAAUGGCACAGCUCAAUGCAAAAAACAGUGUAUGGAUCUGGAUUGA